AUGUACAAAUCGAAGCUUCAAGUGCUGUGUCAACAGAACUCAUGGGAUUUACCAAAUUACUCCACCACCAAAGACGGACCCGAUCACAACCCUCUUUUCAAGGCCGUAGUCAUCGUCAAUGGCGUCCAUUUCGUGACCAAUGAUCAGUACCGAACUGCCAAAUCUGCUCAGAACAAAGUGGCUAAAUUCGCUUUCCAUCAGUUAUCUGCUCCUGCUCCUCCUCCGCCUCUGCCCCAGUAUCAGUUAUCUGCUCCUCCUCCGCUUCUUCCUCCUCCUCCUCCGCCCCUGCUCCAGUAUCAGUUAUCUGCUCCUCCUCCGCCUCUGCCCCAGUAUCAGUUAUCUGCUCCUCCUACUCAGCCUCUGCCCCAGUAUAAGUUAUAUGGUCCUCCUCCUCCGCCUCUGCCCCAGUAUCAGUUAUUUGCUCCUCCUCCUCCUCCGCCUCUCCCCAGUUUUUUACCCUUAAUCGCUCUCUCAUUGCAGAGGCUCAACUUCCCCCUUCGGCUUCUUCUGGAUGAUUCUACUGUGUACAAGAAUCUCUUGCAAGAACUGUCUCAAAAAAAAGGUUUGCUCUUUCCAAAGUACGAAAGAACUGCUUCUACUCCAUCCCACAUGCCGACUUUUAUCUUGAUUGUGAAAAUAGUAGGAGUGUCUUUUCAAGGACAAGCAGCCAAGAGUAAGAAGGCUGCAGAUAUGAAUGCUGCAAAAAUUGCUUACAAUUGCCUUCAACAGUGCAAUUCGGUUAAUCCUCACGCACUAAACAUGUAA